CCUUGCUGACCAUGGGUAACGUCGCUAGUGCCUGUAAAACAUGCUGUGGCCUACGCUCCCCCAAAGCGCAGGGGUAUGAGCCCCUGUUGCUGGAGAAUGAGCGCGAAGCUGUUGCGGACCUAUUGCAAUACCUUGAGAAUCGAACUACAACUAACUUCUUCACUGGGUCCCCAUUGGCAGCCCUCACAAUUCUUUCAUUUUCAGACAACGUCGACCUUCAGCGAAGUGCAGCUCUCGCCUUCGCCGAGAUUACCGAGAAGGAUGUCCGCCCCGUUGGGCGUGAUACCCUGGAUCCUAUCUUAUUUCUUCUUGGAAGCCAUGAUACAGAGGUGCAGAGAGCAGCAAGCGCAGCGUUGGGAAAUCUAGCAGUUAAUGUCGAGAACAAACUUCUGAUAGUUAAGCUCGGUGGUCUAGAGCCUCUCAUCCGCCAGAUGCUCAGCUCGAACGUCGAAGUUCAGUGCAAUGCCGUCGGUUGUGUGACAAAUCUGGCGACGCAUGACGAGAACAAGACGAAAAUUGCCAAAUCUGGCGCUCUGGUUCCUUUGACGCGGCUGGCACGGUCGAAGGAUAUGCGUGUACAGCGGAAUGCGACUGGUGCUUUGCUCAACAUGACCCAUUCAGAUGAGAACCGACAGCAACUCGUUAACGCCGGUGCCAUUCCUGUUCUCGUCGGUCUUUUGAGCUCGCCUGAUACCGACGUGCAAUAUUAUUGCACCACUGCUCUGAGCAACAUUGCGGUCGACGCGAAUAACCGCAAGAAGCUUGCUCAGACCGAGCCGAAAUUAGUUCAGAGCCUUGUCGCGCUCAUGGAUAGCCCAAGUCUCAAGGUCCAGUGCCAAGCAGCGUUGGCGCUGCGCAAUUUGGCGAGCGACGAGAAGUACCAACUCGAGAUCGUCAAGGCUGACGGCCUUCCCCCCCUCCUUCGACUCCUCAACUCUUCGUUCCUUCCGCUUAUCCUAUCUGCUGCUGCCUGUGUUCGUAACGUUUCCAUCCAUCCGGCCAACGAAUCGCCUAUCAUUGAAGCUGGUUUCCUCCUCCCUCUAAUUGACCUGCUCUCUUAUGAGGAAAAUGAGGAAGUUCAAUGUCACGCUAUCAGCACCUUGCGUAACUUGGCAGCUAGCUCGGAGAACAAUAAAGGAAAGAUCGUUGAGGCAGGUGCGGUGGACAAAAUCAAGAAGCUCGUGCUGGACGCGCCUCUGCUGGUACAGAGCGAAAUGACCGCUUGCAUUGCAGUUUUGGCAUUGAGUGAUGAACUGAAACCACAGCUACUGGAAAUGGGAAUCUGUGAGGUUCUCAUUCCCCUGACUAAUUCCAGCAGCGUCGAAGUGCAGGGCAACAGCGCGGCCGCGCUAGGAAACCUCUCGUCGAAACCGGAGAACGGACGUUCAACUGCCGAUGAUUACAGCGCAUUCAACGAUGUCUGGGACAAACCUGACGGAGGCUUGCAUGCCUACUUGUACAGGUUCCUCUCCAGCACGGACGCCACUUUCCAGCACAUCGCCGUCUGGACUAUUGUACAGCUUCUAGAAUCCGGAGAUGAGACGCUUCUCCGUAACAUCAAGUCAUCUAAGCUCAUUAUGCCGCACAUCCAGCAGCUUGCAGUAUCCCAAGCACCAACACCCGCUUCUGGAUCACCUGGAUCGGAUGCUGGCGGAUACUCCGAGGAGGGCGAGGGCGAGGGUACUGGGGAGAUUGCUACGCUCUCCCGCCGAAUCUUGGAGUUGACAGAUGCAGCAGAUGAGGAUUUGCGCAAGAGUGUACACAGUGCGCUGGGUGCUGCGAAGGACGCGUAAUGGUGAAAUAGUGGAUGGACUUCAUUUUCGAUUUCCUUUUUUUUCCAUUUGUUUACUCGCACUUAAUACCCUGUAGCUUUCUAUGAUUCUUUUCUUCGCUCAUGUCCUCAUGAUAACACGUUCACAGUGACAAGUUUACG